AUGGUCCCGGGGAACAAGGACCCGGCGGGGAGCAGGUUCACGUGGACGCGGUUCGGCUUGUUUACCCGCUGGAAGUCCCGCUGCUCCGGGGCGGCUCACCGCGGUGCUGCCCCCCGGCGGCGGAGCGGAGGAACUGCAGAUACCUCAACGCCGCAGCCAUAUUGGAUGGGUUCGUUCAGAACUUCAGCAGCUGAGAUGUCUGUGUCCGGGUCUGUGUCCGGGUCUCUGAGGACCUUCAUCCAGCAGAGGCUGGCCGCCGCCGCAGAGGAGAUCUUCCUGGAGGUGGAGAGGACCGUGGUCGGGUACCAGGACCAGCUGGUCCGGUACCAGGACCAGCUGGACCGGCAGAGGAAGCUGCUGGAUCUCAGCUGGAAGCCCCGGGUCCGGCUGACCCGCAUCGAUGAUCCUGCGGUUCCCCCCCAGCAGACGAUCGUGGAGAAGGAGGUCCAGACGGACCUGGGGGUCCCCAGGGGGGCCGGUCCGGGCCAGCAGGGACCAGCACAGGUCAAGGUGGAGCCGGAGGAACCAGAACCUAUCGGAGCUGGAGCCGAAGACCGUCUGCAGGAACUCUGCAGGAGCACCGAACUCCUGAACCGGGAACUUCACCAGCUCCUGAUGAGGAACCCUGUCCCGGAGAGUGGGGAACCAGAACCAGAACCAAAACCAGAACCAAAUCCGGACCUCCAGCAGCUCCUCCUCCACACGGCUGGGGAAGGGGCGGAGCCGCGGUUCCCAAAACCGCCCCGAUGCCCCGAGCCGCGGUUCCAAGGACUGCCCCCCGGCGUCCGGUCCAACGGGUCGGAACACUUCUGCCCGCGCUGCGGGCGGAGCUUCCGCAGGGUGGACAGCCUGCUGCUGCACCUGCGGACGCACACGGGCGACUACCUGUACAGCUGCUUCCUGUGUGGGCGGGGCUUCAUGUCCCGCAACGGCCUGGCCAAUCACAUGAGGAUCCACCUGGGCCACAAGCGCUACACCUGCACCGCCUGCGGGAAGGGCUUCACGUCCCGGGUCGGGCUGCACGUCCACACCAGGACGGGCGAGCGCUGCCGGGCGGGGGCGGGGGCGGGCCCGCUCCACUAGGGAAGUUCCUGGUCCGGUCCGGGGGAGGUUGCUGGGGCGUUUUCUCUAGGGGAGGUU